AUGCUCGGUGAAUGUUCAGAACGUCCCACGCCGGUGAAGGUCGUGGGACCGAAUCAAGCGAUGCUGAGCCCCUCCUCGUCUCGCAGCCGUCGCCGCCUUUUCGCCUCGGUCACCCUCUUCGUGCCGAUUUGCCUCGUCCUCGCCACGUGUUCGCGCCUUUCCCUGCCACGUGUGCACUUCUCACUGCGCCUCGAAUGGCCCGACGGCCGCCCGUAUCAUGACGUCAGCAGCGGCCUCCCUGAGAGUGGCCAUUUGGCGGCAGGCGCGAGUCGACGGAGGGCCCUCGCGGAAAGUCCGUCCGCCGCUCCGCCGUCGCCCCCUCCGGUGUGCGAGUGCCCCGCGUGCCCCGCCGGCGCCAGUGUGGGGGAGGGCGACGAUGCGAGGAGCGCUACUGGAGGGGGGAGCGGUGGGGCGGAGGGGGAAGGCGAGGCGGCGGAAGCGUGGGGCGAAAACCACGCGUUCCGAGUGCACCCGACGAGCAUCAGCCUGUUUGCUGUCAUCAGCACGUACCGCACCGGCGAGGCCAGGUGGGGUAAGGCGAGGCCAGGUGGGGCAAGGCGAGGCGCUGGGUGUGGUACGGCAGAACCCCUCGUCCCUCUGUGCCUUAAGAACCCCUCGUCCCUCU